UAGUAAUGGUUAGACGUGCAAUUGGUGGGAUACUAGAUGACAAAGAAGGAAACAACAAUAGACGGCUACAUCAUCUCCGAAUAGCAUUUAAACGAUUCAAGUUCAACUGCAGACUCAGAUACUCUGAUCUACACAACAUCGUUUAAACUCGUAGUUGACUGUGAGCUAUCUGCGUUUGCUGGCAUUUCUCGGCAGAGCACCGGCUGAUAUCAACCACUAUCUUGACCAAUCAUAAGACUUGUCCUAUGGAAUCCGAGCACUUAAAAGCCGAAAGCAAGAGUCGAAACGAUCAACUAAGGAAAAACGCCAUCGAAGUAGAGGCAGUUGAGCAAGAGAGACAAAAGGCUGACCAUCUCAACAGACAGCUACAACAGCAAUUGGGUGACUACUGUGUUCCAGAUGUUCUUGACUAUGUGAGUGAAAGGGCAACUCUGUACGAAAUACUGAAGACGGUGAGAAGUUGGGAACGGAAGGUAGAGAUCGCUCAGAUGGCACUGAAGACCCACAAGAAAGAAUGGAACCGUCUACGCAAGCAUAGUUAUCAGUUGAAUCCGUGGAAUGCUCUAGAGGGCAUUCCAUUGUAAGACCGUCCAUGUACACUCGUUUGUCAAGUCAGAACGAAUGAGUGACUAGAAAAUUAUAGUUGCAAAAUAUAAUAAACACGUGGACUGUA